CGGGAAAUCUGUGUUGGCCGAUCCUGAAGUUUACCUGUCAGCCAUCUCGAAACUGACGCCGUUCGUUGAAAACGUGAUGCAAGAAUUCGGCUCGCAUUUGAAAAUACAAAGAUUCGAUCGCGUUCUUUUCCUCUUUUCCCGAGUCGGAUACUUCCCCAAGAAAUUCAUCGAACCACUGAUGGCACCCGAUUCUGAAAUGGUCUGCGUUGACAUGUUCCCCGCGAUGAUUGAGUACGCUCGCAAAAAUGCUGCAGGCAAAAAUAUUGGCCAUGUCAUCAUCGACCCGCACAAGAUUGACGAAUUGAAGCACAUGUACCCUACCGGAUUCAGCCACAUUGUGUCCUUCCUGAGUUUGCAAUGGGUCAAAGAAUAU